AUGGUGCAAACUUUAAGGUUCGACGGCCAGACGGUUGUUGUCACUGGAGCUGGAGCUGGCCUUGGGAAACAGUACGCUCUAUUCUUCGCAUCUAGAGGUGCGAAUGUCGUGGUCAACGACUUGGGCGGUUCUUUCAAGGGCGAGGGUGCUGGCACAGAAGCUGCAGAUGUGGUGGUGGACGAGAUCAAAGCCGCCGGUGGAAAAGCUGUUGCCAAUUAUGACAACGUCCUCAAUGGCGAGAAGAUCAUACAGACCGCUAUUGAUGCCUUCGGUCGCAUCGAUGUUCUCAUUAACAACGCCGGUAUCCUCCGCGACAUCAGCUUCAAGAACAUGCGAGAUUCCGACUGGGAUCUAAUCACUGAUGUGCAUAUCACUGGUCCUUUCAAAUGUACAAGGGCUGCUUGGCCACAUUUUAGAAAACAAAAAUAUGGUCGAGUGAUUAACACUACGUCUGCUGCAGGCUUAUUCGGCAACUUUGGCCAGUGUAACUACUCAGCUGCCAAAUUGGCCCAAGUAGGCUUCACGGAGACUUUGGCAAAGGAGGGGGCGAAAUACAACAUUCUUACUAAUGUUAUCGCUCCAGUCGCGGCCAGUCGAAUGACCGCCACUGUCCUGCCUCCUGAAGUUCUCGCACAAUUACGGCCUGAAUGGGUGGUCCCUUUGGUCGCAGUUCUGGUGCACUCUUCCAACACUACCGAGAAUGGCUCCAUUUUUGAAGUCGGUGGUGGACACAUCGCAAAGCUGAGAUGGGAGCGUGCUAAUGGUCUUCUACUCAAGCCCGAUCAGACAUAUACUCCUUCCGCUAUCCUAAAACGAUGGUCCCAGGUCAACAACUUCUCGGAGCCAGAACAUCCUAGUGGGCCUGCUGAUAUGGUGACAAAGCUGGAGGACUCUCUCAGGAUCAAAAGCAACGAACAAGAUCCAGAAAUCCGAUUUGACGACAAGGUUGCUUUGAUUACUGGUGGCGGUGCUGGUCUCGGUCGAGCAUAUGCUUUGGCAUUUGCUAAACUUGGUGCCAAGGUUGUCGUGAACGACCUUAUCAAUCCCGACAACGUCGUAAAUGAGAUCAAAGCCUUGGGAGGCCAGGCCAUGAGCAAUAAGGCUUCAGUUGAAGAUGGCGAUGCCGUCGUAAAGACUGCAAUCGAUGCCUACGGAAGAGUCGACAUCCUCGUCAAUAACGCCGGAAUUCUCAGAGACAAGGCGUUCGCCAACAUGACUGAUGAGCAGUGGCACGUUAUUAUGAAUGUACAUCUGCGGGGCACAUACAAAGUGUCAAAGGCAGCUUAUCUCUAUAUGCUCAAGCAAAAAUAUGGUCGAAUCAUAAAUACCACCAGUACAACCGGUAUUUAUGGCAACUUUGGACAGGCUAACUACGCAGCAGCCAAAGCCGGCAUUCUCGGAUUUUCUCGAGCUUUGGCUCUGGAAGGCCGAAAGAACAAUAUCUUCGUCAACACUAUUGCGCCAAAUGCUGGUACUGCACUCACUCGAACAGUCCUUCCCGAAGAACUCGUUCAAGCGUUUAAACCUGAAUAUGUUGCUCCUCUCGUUCUUCUUCUCUGCUCUGACCAGGUGCCGGAUCCACCAACAGGUCUGUUGUUUGAAGUUGGCAGCGGCUGGCAAGCCCGAACCAGAUGGCAGAGAUCUGGCGGUCAUGGAUUCUCAGUCGACAUCAAGCUCAGUCCUGAGGCUGUUGUUGAGAAAUGGUCCAAAAUUCUCGAUUUCGAUGAUGGACGUGCUGAUUAUCCCGAAAGUACCCAAGACGGUGUGAAAGGAGUCAUGGCCAACAUGCAAAACAAGAGCAAGAAGUCCGAGUCUAAGCCUAAUCACAACAAGGAUUAUCUGGCAAACAUUGAAAAGGCGAAGAAUGCCAAACCUAUGGGCACCGAAUUCAGCUACGAUGACAGAGAUGUCAUCUUAUACAACCUCUCCCUCAAUGCGAAGAGAACACAACUUCCCUUAGUCUACGAGAACCACGAUGACUUCCAAGUCUUGCCCACUUAUGGUGUUAUCCCAUUCUUCACCGCGAAAUCCCCUUAUACCCUAGAUGACAUUGUACCCAACUUCAGCCCCACGAUGCUUCUACACGGCGAGCAAUACCUUGAGAUCCGAAAAUUUCCUAUACCUACGGCAGCAAAGACGGUGUCUUAUCCUCGCCUGCUGGAGGUGGUCGACAAAGGCAAUGCUGGCCUAGUCGUGCAAGGUGUUGAGACCAAGAAUGCAACCACUGGAGAGGAUUUGUUCUACAAUCAAUCUACGCUUUUCAUUCGUGGUUCUGGUGGAUUUGGUGGUACUAAGAAUGAUGUCAAUCGCGGCGCUGCCAGUGCUGUAUACACCCCCCCCAAGCGGGCUCCUGACGCUGUUGUCGAGGAGAAGACAACUGAUGACCAGGCCGCUUUAUACCGCCUCAAUGGUGAUCGCCUCCCGUUACAUAUUGACCCCGAAUUCAGUAGGAUCGGCGGCUUCAAAGACCCUAUCCUACAUGGUCUCUGCUUCUUCGGCUUCAGUGGUAAGCACAUUGUCCAAACUUUUGGUCAAUUCAAAAACAUUAAGGUCCGAUUCGCUGGCACGGUCAUUCCUGGACAGACGCUUGUCACAGAGAUGUGGAAGAAGGGAAACAAAGUGAUUUUCCAGACCAAGGUCAAGGAGACUGGAAAGCUGUGUAUUGCUAAUGCCGGCGCGGAGUUGCGUGGUGGACCCAAGUCAAAAUUGUAG